AAAAUUAAUUCUAACUAUAAUUAUUCAAACUUUAAACUCAGUUCACCAGAGCUGAUAACAAUCAGAUUCAAUACUUCUGAGUAAACAUAACUCAAUUUAGUUUCUUGGGAUUGUGUUACUCAACCAAGAAAGUUUGGUGGCCUUGGUAUCCAUUCAUCUAAGGAAGCUAAUCAAGUGGCUAUGGCCAAAGUCCACUGGAGACUCCUCACUGAAAAAGAGAAACUUUGGGCUCAUGCUUUUUGGGCUAAAUUUAAGAUUGAUGGUCCUAAGAGUAAUAUCAAUAAGGCCUCUCCUGUACUUAGAAAUGUUGCUAAGGGCAAACACAUCCCAGAGAAAGGAAUUCAAUGGGUUCUAGAACAGGUGCAAAUAUCUCCUUUUGGCAAGACUGAUGGCUUGAGUUGGCUUAAAGCACAUUGCACUCACAAGGCUGCAAGUUAUACUAAUGGCUGGAGCACUAUGUUUUCUUUUACCAUUUGGGCCAUUUGGUACUUUAGAAACCAAUUAGUUCAUAACAAGCAUCACUCCUCGGUUUUUGAAGUUAAGGAUUUUGUCUACAAAAAAGUGGGAGAGUUCAUUCAAGCUCUUAAUGUUCCAUCUACUAGAAAUUCUCUUAUCACUAUUCAUGUUGGUUGGACUACCCCUUCUUCUGGUUUCAUCAAGCUGAACACCGACGGCUUAGCACUUGGUAAUCCAGGUCUUGUCGGCGCUGGUGGAGUGUUUAAAGAUGAGCUUGGUAGGUGGAUCCCGGGGUUCUCCCAUCAUGUUGGGCACACCACUAGCUUAGCUACUGAAAUUUGGGUAAUCUGGGAUGGGUUGUCUAUUGCCUUAAGCAAGGGCUUUAAUAAACUUGUGCUGGAAACUGAUUCAAAGACUGCUAUGGCUCUGAUUGAUAAAUGUAAUUGUGAUCAUCACUCAUUGGGUACUCUUGUUACUGAUUGCAGGUUGUUGUUGGGCCACAUUCCUGAUUUGCGGAUCAAACAUAUAUAUAGGGAGGCUAAUGCUGUUGCGGAUCAGCUUGCCAAGAAGGGAGCCAAGUCUACUACUCAUUUUGUUAUGUAUAAUAGUUGUCCUACUGAUCUUGGCCAUAUUUUGUACUCGGAUACUGUUGGGAAUCUAUUUCCCAGAAUUGUUAUUCCUGUCUAAGUUUAUUUAAUCUACUUGUCUAUUACCAAGAAAAAAAAGGAUAACUCAAUUAAUUUGUAGGUGAUGU